GAAAUGGACACCAGCCAUAAUCACGUGACCCAGAGGAUUUUAAAUCUCACCCUGGAGAUCAUCUACCUGCUGACUGGAGAGACCUGACCGGAGAGGUGAGGAGGAUUCUGGGAGGUCACAUGACAUCUCUCAUACUCUUAUUUUAGGAUUAUGGACCUAUAAAGAAGGAAACAAGUGAGUGGCCACCUUGCUUGCUGAUAUCUGAGAAAAACAACAAGAAGAAGAUUCUAGAAGUCACCCAGAUGAUCAUUGAUCUGCUGACAGGAGAGGUUCCUAUAAGGUGUCAGGAUGUCACUGUCUAUUUCUCCAUGGAGGAGUGGGAGUAUUUAGAAGGACACAAGGACCUCUACAAGGACAUCAUGAUGGACAAUCAGCCGCCCCUCACAUCACCGGAUGGACCCAGUAAUGGGAACCCACCAGGGAGAUGUCCCCGGUAUUCCCAGGAUUCCACAUAUGAAGAUCACACCAUCCCUCACCAUCAUCAGGUAGAUGGAUCCAGUAAUGGGAACCCGCCAGAGAGAUGGACCCGUCCUCUGUAUUCCCAGGAUUCUACACAGGAAUACCAUACCAUCCCUCACCAUCAUCAGGUAGAUGGAUCCAGUACUGGGAAUCCGCCAGAAAGAUGUCCCCGUCCUCUGUAUUCCUGGGAUUCCACACAGGAACAUCAGGAGAUUCCUCAGGAGGAUCACAAGAUGGAUCUAGCAACAGAAAUACCCCAGAGAGAUGUCCAAGUCCUCUAUGUUCCUGGGAUUCCACACAGGAACAUCAUGAGAUCUCUCAGGAAGAUCAUAACACCUCCGAUGAGUAUCAGGAGGAGGAUCUAAACAUUGUGUUUCUCGAAGCUGAUCAGGAUACGGAGGAAGCUGAUCAUAAAAUCAAAGAGGAGGAAGUUCCUGUGGAGAUCAGCACAGAUGGCCAGUACCGCACCGUAUCUACAUCCCCAUCACCGGUUCUUGCAGACCCUCCAGAUGCUGAGAUAAAAGACGAGGAUCCUCCUGCUGCGACCCUCCACAGUCCAGCCCCGCCAUCGACUCCCUCUAUGUGUAGCGGCAACUCUGUCAACCAUUCCAGUCCCACCCCAUCUAACCGAGUGGAAGGACGGUUCCCUUGUCCGGACUGUGGCAAAUCCUUCAACUACAGAGCCAAGCUUCUCUCGCACCAGAUAACGCACACGCACGAGAAAGCGUUUUCCUGCGACGAAUGCGGCAGACGGUUUGCGCACAAGACCAGCCUUUUAGACCAUCAAAAAAUUCAUACUGGGGAAAAGCCUUAUUCUUGUUCCUACUGCGGGAAAAGCUUCAUCCAGAAGUCCAAGAUGACCCGUCACCAACGCAUCCACACGGGGGAGAGACCCUACACCUGUGCGGAGUGCGGCCGGUGUUUCGCCUACAGGUCAAACCUCAUCGAGCAUCAGCGGAUCCACACGGGUGAGAUGUUGUACCCUUGCGCCGAAUGUGGCAAGUGCUUCACGCACAAGACAAAGGUCAUCGCGCAUCAGAAAGUUCAUUCGGGAGAGAAGCCUUACUCCUGUUCUGACUGUGGGAAGAACUUUGGCCACAAGUUUAACCUCCUGGAACACCAGAAGACUCACACAGGUGAGAAGCCCUUUGAGUGCACGCUCUGUGGCAAGUUCUUUGCACGCAAGUCAAACCUUGUGGAGCACCAAAAAGUUCACACGGGAGAAAAACCCUUCCCUUGUCUUCAGUGUGGCCAGAGGUUUGCCCACCGAUCGACUCUUGUGAAGCAUCAGAGCACGCACAAGAUUGCUGAGACUUCAACAGAGAAGGCACUUCGGCACACACAACUUGGGUUACAGACUUUGCCGUCGGUAGAUAAACAAGGCCCUUCGGAGAAAUCACUUCAACAUAAACCACUUGUGCUACAGCCAUUGGUGGACAAACAAGACCCACCAGUCUGCAUAUCAUUUGGGGGUGAUAGGGAUACAGGUGGUUUUCUACUAUCUUGA